UCUCUCUCUUUCACUCUUUUUUUUUUUCAUUAUGGAAUCUCCAAAUCUCCACUACCACCAGCAACAUCAUCAUCAUCAACUCCAAGAUAGUAAUAAUAAUCCACUUCUACCAUCUUCAUCUUCUCUCCAAACAUCAUCCCCUUCUUGCUUUGGACCGACUGUAACCGCCACUCUUCCUCUCACUUCUUCGAGCAUCAAUCUCUUGAACCAUGGUAACUACAUGAAUAAAAAUAAUGGAACUAUUGAUGUAGAUUCAAGGGUGCAAAAUGAUAUUUCAGUCCAUCCUAUGAUAAGUAACUCAAUGACCCAAGAUUUCAAUUAUUGGGGAUGUUCUAAUAAUCUUCAAUCUACACAUGAUUAUGGAUCUUCAUCAUCAGAUUCAUACCCAAAAUUCACAGACUUAUUGUUACAGAAUUCAUCAUCAUCUGGUCAAGAUCUUAAUAUGAUGAAGAAUCAUGAUUUAUAUUCUAGUAAUAAUAUUAAUCAUGUGUAUCCGACCAUAAAUGUGUUGUCGGCGGUGGAGAUGAAUCUUGAAGGGUCGGAUCUGUUUCCUAAUUGUGGGAGAUUUUCUGGGCAUGAUGAUUAUGGUAAUAAUAAUCUUAAUUAUGAGUUCACACAAAUGCAACAACAAUUAUCAAUUCAAGGAUGCAAGCCCUUCAACAACUCUAGUCAAUUAUUAAUGGAACCCUUUAGCAAGAAUGGAGGAGAGCCUCUACAAAAGAAGUCUCGUUCUGAUUCGCGUGCUUCCUGUCCACCAAUUAAGGUUAAAAAAGAGAAGCUAGGAGAUAGAAUUGCAGCACUUCAACAUUUAGUGGCACCUUUUGGCAAGACAGAUACAGCAUCAGUGUUAAUGGAGGCUAUUGGAUACAUCAAAUUCCUUCAAAACCAAGUGGAGACUCUAAGUGUACCAUAUAUGAAAGCGUCACACGUCAAACAAGUCGAGAGAACUAUGUCUCAAGUGAGUCCGAGUGAUCAACAGUUGAACAAGAAAGAAAAGCCAAAGAGUGAUUUGAGAAGUCGAGGACUAUGUCUGGUGCCAUUUUCGUGUUUGUCAUAUGUUACAGAUGGAGGUGGAGGUAUUUGGUAUCAAGAUUUCAAUGGAGCUUAAAAACAUAAGAAGCUUAUAAAGUGCAUGCAAUGUUAUAUGAACUAGUUGAUUAUUGCAUGCAUAGGGUUUCAACAAUGGAGCAAAUUUGGUCAUUCUUGAAAGUUUUGAUGGACCAAGUUUGAUCCAUUCAAUGUGGUGAAGAAAAUCAUGUAAGAGAUAAUAAUCUUAGAUUUAUUUUAAUUUCUUGUUAGAUAUUUUACCCAUCUUCUUGGAUGUUCUUUCUAGUAUUUUACAACUUAUU